CCAACUUCAAAGCACCACAUUCUCAAUUCCCCGCCAUGGCAGCAGCCAGGCUGUCACCGACAGCAAAUUUGCUGCGGAAGUCUCGUCUCUUUGCCAUUCCACAGGCUUUGACGCCGCCCCAGGAAGCACCGACCUCGAGGGCUAUUGCUGAAUCCGAUACCGCGACCCUUCCUUAUCCCAUCCGAGCAUCGCUUGUAACGCCAUCUUCUUCUUUGGCAAGAGGGGAUUGGGGUCUCAAAAGACCGCUUCCCGCCAAAUCGACAUCCGACAAGUCGUCCAGGCCCAUUGUCCGAGUGCUUGAACUUGAUACCUUCGAACAUACUACCGAUUUCGAAUCCGCGGCCGAUCAUACGGUGACCUUGGAAAAGUUCCAGGAACUUCAUAUGCCGAUGUCACUCCCCUCGAAGGCCUCUUACGCCGCCAGCAUGGUUUCUAAACACGUCAGCCCCUUUGAAUCUCAUCUGGACAACACCAAUACCAGCCCAGGCCUUGGAGAACCCGGAGCGAAACAGUUCAGACAUUCUGGGCCAUGGCUUGCUGGUCAGACGGAGACCGAGUUCCAGGCGUUUUCGAAAUAUGUGCAAAAAAACAAACCGGAGCUUUUGAAAAAGCUCCGUGAGUCUUUUGUCGCGAAGCGCACAGCCGAACAGUGGAAGCAAGCACAAGACAACGGAGAAAACCUGGAGAACCUAGAACCUGUCAAGGUUACCGAUGAGGAGUUCCAAGCCUACAUCAAAUCACUGCGUGCAGACCCACUUGCACUUGGACCUGUCGUCUUCGAGCUUUUGGAUCUCCCAUCUGCUCCGGCUGUCCCGAGCAACAAAAUUGGCACGAAGUACUACCAGUCCCCCGGUACCAAACUCUCAGCGGCUGAAUAUACCGCAUUCGGACCCCCAAAGACGCAUCCUUCCGCUGGAUUGUCUUACACAAGAUCACACGCUUUGAUCUAUAACCACCCCAAAUACGGACCUCAGGCUUUCCAACGCCCCGUGGAGGCACGUGUCUUGCGGCCAAAGGGACGUUUUAAGGGUAGGUCAUCCGGAAAGGCCGUUACUGGUGUUGGUGGUAUUGCUGUGGAUGAGUCGACUAUGCAUACUUUCAUUGAGAAGGGCUCUUCCGCUGCCAAUGCGGUCUUCGACUCCUCUAUCCCUGGUGGUGCAAAAUUCUGGGUCAAUCCCGUCCGGUCCUCAGUCGACUCGGAGGGUAGAAUUGAACUCAAGGCCAACCGCGCCAGUGCUACUGCCAAAGCCCCCUACGGGAUUGAUCAGAAUGACUUCAGCCCACUCAGCAUCUCUGACAUUAUCCGAGGCGAUCAUAGGGUUGUCCCGAAAAUGGACAGACAGCCCUCCGGGGAUAUUGCGAAGAACCUUAUAGACAGUCUCACCAAACCCAACAAAAUUCGGCAUGCCUAUAAGUCGCGAGCCGUCCCUCGUCAGAGUUAAACAACAGUCAAUUUCACGUUCCAGGCUUGAGAAAUCCUCAUCUCUCCUUUUUGAGAAAGACUUUGCUGUAUGAUUAGGUUGUUGGGCAAAUGUAUAGCUAUUUCACUUUUGUUCUUUUUGUUUUUGUGAUAUAAAGCAGGCUGCAUCUCCUUCAGAGCAUAAUUGAAAUAUAUUGAAUAUAUUGUUCAAAAA